ACAACCAAUUACAGCCUCUUACUCUUCAAUGAGUUGCAAGUACAUUCUCACCUUUCAAAUACCUCUCACUAAGUGUUGAAUUAUCUUCUUGAGUUCAUUCUCAGCCAUGGCUAAUACUGAUAGUAUCACUAAUCUUGUCAUUAACAGUGUCAGUGAUGCUGCCUCUGUCAAGAAUUUUUCUGCUAACUGGCCAAUGUCAUCAUCUGGACUGAAUGCAAAAGGUCAAUUUGCCAUCUACUAUAAUGGAAGCAUGUGUGUAUAUGAUGGAAUUCCUGCAGAAAAGGUGCAAGAAAUAUUGAUGAUGGCUGCUACCACUGCCAAGUCUUCUGAAUUGAAAAGUGGAAUUCCAUUCACUUCACUCUUUACCAGUGCCACCCCUUCUUCCCCACAAGGAACUUCUAACAAUUUGCCUUCUCCUCCAUCAGUCUGUUUCCCUGCUGCUGACAAGAGUUCCAUUUGCAGGAUGCAAGAGUUUCCAUUAGCACGAAGACAGUCACUUCAAAGUUUUUUUGAGAAGAGAAGGAUCAGGGUCCGUAGCAAAGCACCUUAUACCUCAUCAUCAUCAAAAGAAGCUAACAACAUGAACAACAACUUCAACACAGCAUUGGUUCCUUUCACUUGAGGGCAAGCAAAUAUGUUGGUGUCAUCAAGUGGUAUUAAUAUGUUAUGUUAUGUUUUCCACACCAUAUUAUAAGCCUAAUUAAUUUAUUAUUAUUGUUGUUGAACCUUAAUGUGUAACGGUUAAUGUCUAGCAAAUAUCCAUUACUAUGGUUAGAAACCAGAACACAUAUCUCUUAAACUGUUGUUAAUGUGUCUGUAUUAUUGAUUAUCAAUUAUGUACUAUUUCCUUUGUAUUAA